AUGAAGUCUGUUGUCAUUCUUUUAUUCUAUAUGAUCCUUUACUGCUUGACAGUAGAAGCGAUCAAGAUUAAACAUCAUAAAUUCAAAGAAACCAAUUCUGAUAUCAUUCCUGGUCGAUACAUCAUUACUUUCCAAGAUCAAAAAGACACGGCUGGUACAUUUUUCUCUCAAUCACUGCAUGCAAUCAAGAAUCUCAAGGUGAACCAACGAUUUAAUCAUAAAUUGUUUAAUGGUCUGUCUGUCAAUCUUUCAUUCAAGAAUGAAAAAGACCACAAAAGCUCCUUGUUGUCUUUAUUGGAUAGACCCGAUAUCAAAUAUGUAUAUCCUGUUCGCGUUGUUCGUCGCCCCAAGGUGUUUGCCAAAAAACUGAGCGUACCCGGAAAGAAAGAACCCUCCGCUCUUCCACAUCAAAUGAGUCAAGUAGACAUUGUUCAUUCAAAACUCAAAAAUAAAGGCAGAGGAAUUUUGAUUGCUGUAUUAGAUUCCGGCGUAGAUUAUAUGCAUCCUGCUCUAGGUCAAGGAUUUGGUAAAGGCUUUAAGGUAUCUAAAGGUUAUGACUUGGUAGGCGAUAUGUUCACCGGCACGGAAACACCUGAACCCGAUGAUGAUCCAAUUGAUAACUGCGGCCCUGACACUGGUUCUGAAGGUCAUGGAACGCAUGUAUCUGGUAUAAUCGCUGGGUGGGACCCAGCUACGAACUUCACUGGUGUUGCUCCUGAAGCAAAUCUCGCCAUGUAUCGUAUAUUUGGCUGUGUUGGUAACUCUGCAACAGACGUUAUUCUUAAGGGUCUCUUGAUGGCUUAUGACAGUGGCGCUGAUAUCAUCAAUUUGAGUCUCGGUUAUGCUAAUGCUUGGAGCGAAAAUUCAGAUGUCAUUUACCCUGUCCUUCAAAAAAUCCUUGCGAGAGGAAUUCACGUCGUAGCCGCUGCUGGUAAUGAUGGUGAAAAAAGCAUAUAUUCCAUUGGUAAUCCUGCUAUCUCAUCCAAUGCCUAUGCUGUGGCGUCUAUCGAAAAUGAAUACAAAAGUGUGACGGAUUUAAGGGCUACUGGUAUAAGCCAUCCCAUUCUGUACUCUGGAAGUGAAAGCAGUCGCGACUUCAUUGAUGGUGAGCUUGUUUUUGCAACCGAAGAUCAAGACGAUACAAGUGCUGCUUGUGAUCCAGAUCAGAUACUACCUACUGUGAAGGGCAAGAUUGCAAUGAUACCAAGAGGUAAUUGUGGUUAUUUACCAAAAGCAAAGAACGCAGCUGCUGCAGGUGCUAUUGGCGUUGUUUUCAUUGGUAGUACGAAUGCGCUUGGACCCCUCUCUGUUAAGGAUGCUCCUAUUCCCUGUAUAAUGAUCAGUUUAAAAGACGGCCAGGCUUUAUUAAGUGCUUUAAAAAGCCGUGUAGUCAAGAUCUCGAUGAAUAAGAUGGGACAUCCAUACCCUGUUACCAAUGGAGGACUCACAUCAAAGACCACUAGUGUUGGGCCUACAGCUGAAUUAGACUUCAAGCCUGACAUUGCUGCUGUGGGAGGCACAGUAUUCUCUACCUUACCAAGGUACCUCAAAAGCUGGGGUAUAAUGAGUGGUACUUCUAUGGCUACUCCCUACGUAUCAGGAUCUAUUGCUCUUUACCUUGUAGCCAAAGGAAAGCAAAAGGAUUCAAUUAAGUACAUCCAAGAACAGUUUCAAAACUAUGCGAUUCCAUCAAAGGCCAUUGAAUCAUCAGACCUGGACAUUCCUAUUCGUAUCGGCGCUGGUCUCAUUCAAGUAUAUGAUGCUAUCACUCAGGGUGUGCAUAUAACCCCAGGCAAGAUUAGUUUUAACGAUACCUCGUCCAAUGCAUACAGAACACAAACACUGACCAUUAAAAACCACGGUUCCCAGACAAUCCAAUAUGAGCUUCUUAAUGUUGCUUCUGUUGGCAUUGCUCCUUAUGAUGUCAAAGAGAGUGGAUACGCUCCGACUGAGCCUGCCAAGAAUGUGAAUGCGACUGCUUCAUUACGUUUUUCUAUAAAAAAGUUCAAGCUUCCACCUGGUAAAACACAGACGGUUAAAGUUACCAUAACUCCACCCAAGACAGACCCGAAAGAGCAUAUCUUUUAUGGAGGAUACAUCGUAUUCAAAUCAAAGCAGCCAGAAAUUGGUAAAGAUAUCAGUGUCCCUUACUUUGGCAAACAGGGACGUCAACGUGACCUCCCGAUAAUAGAUAAUGACUACCCAAAGCUUGUUGAUGCCAACGGUAAAGAGUUUGGACCCAAUGACAUUUUUACAUAUGAUCACAGUGUCAAAAAUAGCUCUCCAACAAUAAGAUACCGUUUGCUAACACCCACCGCUGUUCUCAAGAUCGAACUGAUUGACAUGAAUGUCAACAAAGUCAUUGGCACUAUUCAAGCAGACAGUUUAUAUGUUAAUCGUCAUUAUCAAACAGGAGAUAGAUAUGAAAGUAAGAUUUCUUGGCCUGGUACAUAUUUACCACCUGGAAGUGCACCAGAGUCCGAGGGUGUGCGAACACCGGAUGGUACAUACAAAUUACGUGUUUCUGCGCUGAAACUGUUUGGAAAUCGCAAUACUCCUGAUGAUUGGGAAACAUGGACUUCGUGUUCUAUUGUACUCAAGAAUAAUAACGUUUAGUGUUAAAUUUUAUGACGUAUUUUUGUUUUCUUAAAUGAAAAAAGUGUAAUAAAAAAGCCUUCAUUCAUUGUACUCUUUAAAUGGUCUUUCAUCAAGUCCAAAGCGUGUCAUAAACACAUUGAGCUAGUGACAAUAGCCUCAUUCUUUUAUGAAUUAAACACAAGCAU